AUGCAUUUACCCGCUGAUUCAAUGAGUAGCAACAAUAAGAGCAAGCCAUGGUUGCCUCGAGCCGCAGCCCCGGAAAUCAUAUUUUACAAUGCCAAUGUUGUGGAUGUGGAAGCUGGUGACAUAAUUCCUGAUGCUGUUGUUCAUAUCAAGAAUGGGCGUAUCAUGGAAGUAUCGACUGGGGAUGUAGCGACUCCCGAUGCAGUGAAUUUAAAAGGACAGUAUAUCUGCCCCGGCUUAAUCGACUGCCAUGUGCACAUUACGGCAACUCCAGGUUCUCCGUCUCUCAAGGAUAUGUUUUCUGCCAGUCCAAAUACCAUCGCCUAUCGAUCCACGUUUGUUGCACGCGAGAUGCUUCUCCGAGGAUUCACCACGGUCCGCGAUACCGGUGGUGCCGACUACUCCCUCCGCGAAGCCAUCGAAGAAGGCUUGCUUGCAGGGCCACGGCUAUUCAUUGCUGGCAAAGCACUCUCGCAAACUGGUGGACACGGCGAUUUGCGAGCCAAUUAUCAGGGGUCCGAGUAUAAAUGUUGUGGCGGUCACAGCCCGGCACUGGCACGGGUAUGCAAUGGUGUCCCCGAGUGCUUGGAGGCUGCCCGCGACGAGCUCAGACAAGGAGCCAAUUUCUUGAAGAUUAUGUGCGGUGGUGGUGUAGCAACACCGUCGGAUGCGCUUGAUAUGUUGCAGUUUACUGCCGAAGAGAUUCGCGCAAUCACAACGACGGCGAGGCAGUCCAAGACCUACGUCACGGCACAUGCCUACACUGUGGAGGCUAUCCGUCAUGCCGUUGAUAAUGGUGUUCGAGGCAUUGAGCAUGGUAAUUUCAUCGACGAGGAAACUGCGGCGUAUUGUGCAAAUCUGGGCGUUGUCUUUACUCCAACAUUGGUUACCUAUUAUGGCAUGUCCAAGCCACCCUUUGACAAGUUCCUGGAUGAUUUCAGCCAGGCGAAGAAUCAACAAGUUCUGGAUAGUGGUCUAGAAGCUUUGUCAAUCUUGCACAAGGCAGGCGCAAUGAUAUGCUAUGGUUCCGACCUCUUGGCUGGCCUGCAUCCCCUACAGAACCAAGAAUUCUCGAUUAGGUCCAGCGUUCUCAGUGCGAAGGACAUUCUGAAAUCUGCAACUGUGAAUGCAGCGCGGUAUCUGGGAAUGGAAGGCCAACUCGGGUGCAUUAGAGAGGGAAGUAUUGCGGACAUGCUAAUCCUGACAUCUAAUCCUUCGGAAGACAUUACCAUCCUUGAUCGCAUACAACAUCAUCUUGUGGCUAUUCUCAAGGAUGGGCGUAUUGUUUCCAAGAACGCAGACUGGCUGUCGGUUGAUCCUCUGUACGAUACCUGCCGUAGUUAG